ACUCCCACCGCGCGAUUCACAGAAAAGGUGCGUGCGAGCAGCGGUACAGACGGCGAACAAUCGCAUUUUUGUGUGCGAUAUCGAUCAUUCCAGCAGCACCCUCUCCCCGCUUAUCACAAAACAUGCCACGAGUGCAUACGGUCCUCGGUUUACUGGUGAUUGCCACUGUCGCCUCGCACGCCCAGAAUGGCAACCUGAAGAAUGUGCAAAAACACCAACCGGCGCCCGUUUCCAGCGAUGGCCUUCACCGGCUGGCGGUGGAACCGAUGGCCUACUUGAAUGAGGCGCUGGAAAAGCUGCUCGUCGAGCGUGUUGUGGGAACGGAAGGUCACGAGGAGGUGAAAAACUACAUCGCCGAUCACAUGCGCCAACUAUCGUGGUCCGUGGAGAUUGAUGAGUUCGAAGACACGACACCGAUCUUCGGUCCGCUACGGUUUGCAAACGUGAUCGCCUCCCUCAAUCCGAACGCAAAGCGUAACCUCGUGCUGGCAUGCCACUACGAUAGUAAGUACUUCCCUGGCCAACGUUUUAUCGGUGCCACCGAUUCAGCCGUCCCGUGUGCAAUGCUACUAACGCUUGCCACCACCAUGCAAACGUACUUGGCCACUGCCAAGGAGCGGGACGAUGUGAGUCUACAAUUCAUUUUCUUCGACGGAGAAGAAGCUUUCGAACGCUGGACCCCAACGGACUCGAUCUACGGUGCACGGCACCUUGCGGAACGGUGGGAAAAAGAGGAUCGGCUCAAAACGAUGGACAUGCUGGUGCUGCUCGAUCUGCUCGGUACGCCGGAACCGAACUUUUACAGCUAUUUCGGUGAAACCGAGUCCUGGUACGUGCAGCUGAUAUCGGCCGAGAAGCGGUUGGAUGAGGUGGGCCACCUGGAGAACUACAGUACGAGCAGUGUGUCACCGAAGCAGCAAACCAUCUCCUACUUCCGGCCACAUUCCUUCAGUGCGGGCAUUGAAGACGAUCACAUACCUUUCCUCCGCCGAGGUGUUCCCAUUCUCCACAUCAUUCCAACACCGUUCCCCGAAGUGUGGCACAAGAUAGAAGACUCUGGUGACAUUGUGGAUUUGCCAACGGUGCGCAAUUUGGUCCGCGUGUUCCGUGUAUUCAUUGCCGAAUAUCUGCAUCUGCCUUUGUGACGGUUAAAGACCGAAUUGUAACAUUCAAUUCGUCUGAAAAGCAGUUCGUUGUUAUACCGUCUGAUAUCCUCUUCCUUUCCAAGCGUGUACUUAUUUAGGAUCGUUUUUAACCGUUAUUCAUUUGGUAAACUUGUUAUCAAACUACUGAACCAUAUCAUAUUGUGAAAAACGUGAAACACCAUUUUAGACCAACCCAACUGUGCAAUAAACAACUAAAUUGUUGACAAUACUUUAAA